AGUCCAGCUGUGUGUCUGUGAGGAGGGACACGUCUGUGAAAAAUCCAAUAAUGUUUAAGAGUGGAGAUACAAAGACUGACCUCAGUUCAGCUCAGCAGAAGGGAUCAGAACCAGAGCCCAGCUGUGUGUCUAUGAUGAGGGACUCGUCUAUGAAAAAUCCAAUAAUGUUUAAGAGUGGAGAUACAAAGACUGACCUCAGUUCAUUUCAGCAGAAGAGAUCAGAACCAGAGUCCAGCUGUGUGUCUAUGAGUAGGGACACGUCUAUGAAAAAUCCAAUAAUGUUUAAGAGUGGUGAUACAAAGACUGACCUCAGCCAUGAAGUCCUCAACACAUUUAGAUCAAAUCUGAUGAAGAAGUUUGAGCGUCUGUAUGAGGGAACAGUGACGCAGGGAAACCCAACACUCCUGAAUGAGAUCUACACAGAGCUCUACAUCACAGAGAGUCAGAGUGGAGAGAUCAGUAAUGAGCAUGAGGUGAGACAGAUUGAGACACAAUCCAGGAGAACAGCAACAGAGGACACAGCCAUCAAAUGCAAUGACAUCUUUAGACCUUUACCUGGACAAGACAAAGCCAUCAGAACUGUGCUGACAAAGGGAGUCGCUGGCAUUGGAAAAACAGUCUCUGUGCAGAAGUUCAUCCUGGACUGGGCUGAAGGGAAAGAGAAUCAGGACGUCCAGCUCAUAUUUCCACUUCCUUUCAGAGAAAUCAACUUGAUGAAGGACAAAACACUCAGUCUUUCAGAUCUUCUUCAUGUCUUUUUCCCUGAAACUAAAGAAAUGGAAAUAUCCAUUGAUGAAUAUAAAGUGUUGUUCAUCUUUGAUGGUCUGGAUGAGUGUCGUCUGUCUCUGGAUUUUCAGAGCGAUGUGAGGUUGUGUGAUGUAAGUGAAUCGGCUUCAGUAGAUGUGCUGCUGACGAACCUGAUUGUGGGGAAUCUGCUUCCCUCUGCUCUCAUCUGGAUCACCUCCAGACCAGCAGCAGCUGAUCUCGUCCCCUCUGAGUGUGUCCAUCGAGUGACAGAGGUACGAGGAUUUAAUGAGCCACAGAAGGAGGAAUACUUCAGGAAGAGAAUCAGUGAUCAGAGUCUGGCCAACAGGAUCAUCUCACACCUGAAGUCAUCAAGGAGCCUCUACAUCAUGUGCCACAUCCCAGUGUUCUGCUGGAUCUCAGCCGCUGUUUUAGAGAAGAUGUUGAGUCAAGCAGAAAGUGGAGAGAUUCCCAAGACUCUCACUCAAAUGUACACACACUUCCUGAUCCUUCAGACCAACAUCAAAUGUGAGAAGGACUAUGAGAAGAAGGUGACAGAUGAAGACAUGAUCCUCAAACUGGGGAAAGUGGCUUUUCAGCAGCUUGUGAAAGGUAACCUGAUCUUCUAUGAGGAAGACCUGAGAGAGUGUGGCAUUGAUGUGACAGAAGCAUCAGUGUACUCAGGGUUGUGCACUCAGAUCUUCAGAGAGGAGUGUGGCUUGUAUCAGGGGAAAGUCUUCUGCUUUGUUCAUCUGAGCAUUCAGGAACAUCUAGCAGCUCUAUAUGUGCACCUCUCCUGGACAAACAACAACAUAAAUGUGUUUGACCAAAUCACCAAACAGAGUUUAUGGUCUAAAGUGAAGGACUGGUUUCAACUCAGUUCAUCAAAACAUGUCUCAUUAUCUGAGCUGCAUCAGAGAGCUGUGGAUGAGGCUCUACAGAGUAAAAAUGGACAUCUGGAUCUUUUCCUGCGGUUCCUUCUGGGUUUGUCAGUGGAGUCUCAUCAGAUUCUCCUACAAAGACUAAUGAAACAGACAAGAAGCAGCUCUGACAGCAAUGAGAAAACAGUUGAGUACAUCAAGAAGAAGAUCAGGACCAUUGACUCUCCAGAGAAAUCCAUCAAUCUGUUUCACUGUCUGAAUGAACUGGGUGAUCAUUCACUAGUGGAGGAAAUACAACAGUAUCUGAAAUCUGGAAGAAUAAAGGAAGCCAAAAUCUCUUCAUCUCAGUGGUCAGCUGUAGUUUUUGUGUUGUUGACAUCAGAGAAAAAGCUGGAUGAGUUUGAUUUUAAUAAAUUUGUUUGUGAAAAUAAAACCAAAAAACUGAAAGUUCUUCAUAAGAUGCUGCCUGUGAUUAAAGAAUCCAGAUCAGUUCAGUUGAUAAAUUGUGGCAUCACAGAUGAAGGUUGUGCUGCUCUGGCUUCAGCUCUGAGAUCAAACCCCUCACACCUGAGACAACUGAAUCUGUCUGAGAAUAAACUAGGAGAUUCUGGAGUCAGGCUGCUGUCUGCUGUACUGGAGGAUCCUCACUGUAAACUGGAGAUACUGUGGUUGAGUUAUUGUGGCAUCACAGAUGAAGGUUGUGCUGCUCUGGCUUCAGCUCUGAGAUCAAACCCCUCACAUCUGAGACACCUCGGUCUGUCUGGAAAUAAAAUAGGAAAUUCUGUGAAUCUGCUCUCUCGUGUUCUACAAAAUCCUCAAUGUAAACUGGAGAUACUGUGGUUGGUUGAUUGUGGAGUCACAGAUGAAGGUUGUGCUGCUCUGGCUUCAGCUCUGAGAUCAAACCCCUCACACCUGAGACACCUAAGACUGUCUAGGAAUAAACUAGGAAAAUCAGGAGUGAAGUUACUCUCUGAUCUGAGAGAUGAUCCACUUUAUAAACUGGACACAAUAUACUAUUGACUCUCAGUAUUUAGACGUCAGUCCAGUUUCCUCAGGAUCAGCUGAUGGUGAAUAAGGAGCCGCUACAGAGACGUCACAGUCACACAAUCAACAGAGACUGAAGACACAGAGACAUGCAGUAUCACACUGUCAUGUGUGUCGUCUUUCACUUUUUGUUUUAUAGGUAAUGGUCCAUAAAUUUCCAUAAAUUGAGUGCUGAAUCAUUUUGGAUUCACUAGAUAUUGCCUACAAUGUUGAUCAGUUGUGUCAAACAUACGGGCCACAAAGAUGUUCAAUCUGACCCACGGGAUGACUUGAACAAUAAUGUUAACUAAUAAAUAACACAUUAUUUUGAAAAUAAAAGUUUAUUUGUGUUACAAACUGCUCAAAGACUUUGGUUGAAGAUCCAAACACAGCUUUAUUAAGGGUAAUCCACAAUUGUAAUCCAAAUACCAGACAAAGGGUCAAAAUCACAGGGCAAAUAAACAAACAAAUAUUUCCAAAUCAUCCUCACACUGAUUGAAUCCUACUGUGAUGAGGAUGAUCCCCCAUUUGUUAUGCCUAAUGGCUCAAAAGGGACAUGACAUAAAAACAGACACGAGAAAGCCAGAAGUAGAAU